CCUAACACGAAUAACGUCAGGAGUAAGGGCUCUCUUCUUCUAAUACCUGCUGGGAGAAAAGCCGAGGAAUGAAGAGGAAUCCCGGGCUGGCGUUUGAAGCUCCGCCUAUCGUGGGCGAUGCUUUCACCGCGAGUGAGCGACGUGAUUGGCUGAGGCUUUUCCCAAAAGGGGGCGGGGUAUAACCCGGAAAAGGUUGACCAAACAGUGAGCCAAGUGUCAAGCGAAAAAUUCCGGUCUCGCAGCUCCAUCAAGUAUGAGUUCAUGAUGAAGCGGCGACUGGAGGAUCAGGAAACGAUUUUUGCGUCCCAACAGCGGCGCCUCCCUGGCAACGCCGAGACCUUCCAGCAUCGCGUCCUGGCCCCGGCGCCGCCGCCGCCACCGUCGGCGGUGUACGAGGCCGCGGUCGACAGCAUGCAGCCCACCGCAGGCAUCCAGUACUCGGUACCGCAGGGAUACCAGGUUCCCACGGUGGCCCAGAACAGCGGUGGCCACGGGCACACGCCAAGCCCGGCCGUCCACGGGGGGUCGCACCACCACAGCCCCGCCGCCGUCCAAUCCCACGGGCCCCCGGUGAUGCCGUCGCACAGCCACAUGGGCGCGCCUCAGGCCUCAGCGCAGGGCCAGCAACAGUUCCAGCGGCUCAAGGUUGAGGAUGCGUUGUCCUACUUGGACCAAGUCAAAUUGCAGUUUGGGAACCAGCCUCAGGUUUACAACGACUUCCUCGACAUCAUGAAAGAGUUCAAGUCUCAAAGCAUUGACACCCCUGGUGUCAUCAGUCGGGUGUCACAGCUCUUCAAAGGACACCCCGACCUCAUCAUGGGCUUCAACACCUUCCUGCCGCCCGGCUACAAAAUUGAGGUGCAGACCAACGACCUGGUCAACGUGACGACGCCCGGUCAGAUCCACCACAUCACCCCGCACGGCAUUUCGGUGCAGAACAUCCCCAUCACGGGAGCGCCGAGCACCCAGGCGCUGCCCACCGCCGCCACCAGCGCACCGGCCCUCCUCACGCAGCCCGUCCCCGCAAAGAUGAGCAAACCCACUCAGCCCCAGGCGCCGACGCCAGGCAGCCAGAGCAACCCGUCCAUCCCGGCGUACACCUCGCCGCGCUCCCCGCCCGUGCCCCUCCACCCGCCCCUCAGCGGGAUGUCCGCCGGCUUGCCAGCGCAGAAUAACCAGCCGGUGGAGUUCAACCACGCCAUCAACUACGUCAAUAAGAUCAAGAACCGCUUUCAGGGUCAGCCCAACAUCUACAAAGCUUUCUUGGAGAUCCUGCACACGUACCAGAAGGAGCAACGGAACGCAAAGGAGGCUGGAGGGAACUACACCCCGGCUCUGACGGAGCAGGAGGUAUACGCUCAGGUGGCGCGGCUCUUCAAGAACCAAGAGGACCUGCUCUCUGAGUUUGGACAGUUUCUUCCAGAUGCCAACAGUUCAGUGCUGUUGAGCAAGACGACAGCCGAGAAAGCCGAGUCGGUACGGAACGAUCACGGCGGCACCGCCAAGAAGCUGCAGCUCAACAACAAGCAGAGGCCCAAUCAGAACGGCUGCCAGAUCCGCCGGCAUCCUACUCCCGGAGCUACGCCCCCCAUCAAGAAAAAACCCAAGUUACUGAAUUUGAAAGAUUCGUCCAUGGCCGAGGCCAGCAAGCAUGGAGUCGGAACCGAGUCGCUGUUCUUUGAAAAGGUGCGCAAAGCCUUGCGGAGUGCGGAGGCCUACGACAACUUCCUGCGAUGUCUGGUCAUCUUUAAUCAGGAGGUGAUCUCCCGGGCCGAGCUGGUGCAGCUGGUGGUUCCCUUCUUAGGGAAAUUCCCGGAGCUUUUCACCUGGUUCAAAAACUUCAUGGGGUAUCGGGAAAUGUCCCACAUCGAGGCCUACCCGAAGGAGCGAGCCACCGAGGGCAUCGCCAUGGAGAUUGACUAUGCUUCCUGCAAGAGGCUCGGUUCCAGUUACAGAGCGCUGCCCAAAAGCUACCAGCAGCCCAAAUGCACUGGGAGGACACCGCUUUGUAAAGAAGUGCUAAACGACACCUGGGUGUCCUUGCCCUCCUGGUCUGAGGACUCCACCUUUGUCAGUUCCAAGAAGACGCAGUACGAGGAGCACAUCUACAGGUGUGAGGACGAGCGCUUUGAAUUGGACGUGGUGCUGGAAACCAACCUGGUGACCAUCCGAGUUCUGGAAACCGUGCAGCGCAAGAUAUCGCGGAUGUCUGCAGAAGAGCAGGCCAAAUUCCGCUUAGACAACACGCUGGGCGGCUCCUCUGAGGUGGUGCACCGGAAAGCCAUCCAGAGGAUAUACGGCGAUAAAGCCUCUGACAUUAUUGACGGCCUAAAGAAGAACCCGGCGGUUUCCGUACCCAUCGUCUUAAAGAGGCUAAAGACCAAGGAGGAGGAGUGGCGAGAAGCACAGCGAAGUUUUAACAAGAUCUGGCGGGAGCAGAACGAGAAGUAUUACCUCAAGUCUCUGGACCAUCAGGGAAUUAACUUCAAGCAGAACGACACCAAAGUGCUGCGCUCCAAGUCCCUGCUCAACGAAAUUGAAAGCAUCUACGAUGAACACCAAGAGCAGGCAUCUGAGGAGAACGCAAGCCCACCCGCAGGCCCCCACUUGACCCGGGCGUACGAGGACCGGCAGAUCCUGGAAGACGCGGCGGCACUCAUCAUCCACCACGUCAAGCGUCAGACUGGCAUUCAGAAGGAGGACAAGUACAAGAUCAAGCAGAUCAUGCACCACUUCGUCCCCGACUUGCUGUUCGCACAGCGCGGCGAGCUCUCUGACGUGGAGGAGGAAGAGGAGGAAGAGGAUGAGGAGAUGGACGUGGAAGAGGGCGCUUCCUCCAAGAAGCACAACGGGAUUCCAGGGGGCGGAGGUGGCAGCCCCUCUAAGUCCAAGCUGCUGUUCAGCAACAUGGCGGCACAGAGGCUACGAGGCUGCGACGACGCCUACAACCUGUUCUAUGUCAACAACAACUGGUACAUUUUGCUGCGGCUGCACCACACACUGUGCUCGCGACUCCUGCGCAUCUACUGGCAGGCGCAGCGGCAGAUCGAGGAGGACGUGCGGGAACGAGAAUGGGAGCGGGAGGUGCUCGGACUCAGGAAGGAGAAGAACGACAACACGGCCAUUCAGCUGAGACUCAAGGAGCCCAUGGACAUCGACGUGGAGGUUUACUACUCGGCCUUCUUGGAGAUGGUUCGCAACCUGCUGGAUGGCAACAUGGAGGCGUCGCAGUAUGAGGACUCACUAAGGGAAAUGUUCACCAUUCAUGCGUACAUCGCCUUCACCAUGGAUAAGCUCAUACAGAGCAUCGUCCGGCAGCUCCAGCACAUCGUGAGUGACGAGAUCUGCGUCCAGGUGACGGACCUCUACUUGGCUGAGACCGCUAACGGAGCCUGCGGGGGAUCCAUGUCCACGCUGUCUUCCAGGAGCUCCUUGGAGGGCGCCUACCAACGUAAAGCGGAACAGCUCAUGUCGGAUGAGAACUGCUUUAAGGUGGUGUUUGCGAGGAACAGAGGCCUGGUGCAGCUGACGUUGGAGUUGCUCGACACUGAGGAGGAGAACUCUGACGAGCCUCUAGAGGCCGAGCGGUGGUCUGAUUACGUCGGACGUUACUUGAACCUGGACACCACCACUCCCGAGCUGAGGGAGCAUCUGGCCCAGAAGCCUGUCUUUCUCCCCAGGAAUCUAAGGCGGAUCCGGAAGUACCAGAAGUGUCGCGAGCAGCUGGACAAGGAGACCGGUGAGGGAGGCAAAAAGCCGCUGGACAAGGAAAAGAUGGCGUGCAUGUUCAAGCUCAACUCCUACAAGAUGGUGUACGUCUUCAAGUCGGAGGACUACAUGUAUCGGCGCACCGCGCUAAUGAGAGCGCACCAGUCCCACGAGCGUGUGAGCACACGACUCCACAAGCGCUUCCAGGCGUGGCUGGCGGCAUGGGCCGAGGAGCACGUCACCGCAGACAUGGCCGCCGACACCGACAAGUGGCUGAUGGGUGAGGGGCGCGACGGACUAUUGCCCUGCAGCACCGCGCGCCAGCCCGAGGUCCUCCACUUCCACAACGUCAACAAAUACCGCGUCAAGUACAACCCGUAGCGACCGUCUCUAGGUCAGGAAGCCGUUUGUUUUUAAGGCGGUUUGUGUGUGUGUUGCUCCAGCGGUGGCGAGGUUACCGUUCUUUUACCAGCCUUUUUAGCUGGGCCCCCCCCCCCUCCAAUAAGGGUGCCAAAACCCGGGAAUGGUCUCGUCCCGCUCACCAGCACUCACCGCUGCUUUUUCUACAGUAAACACUGCUUUACCAUUCCACCGUCCACACAAUCCCACCACGGGGGAAGUUCUUUAAGCCAGCCGGGACACGCUGGACAAGUGCACUUAUUCAGGGGAGGAAAAAAAACAACAAACAGCUUCCCAAAUUUUUGGAUGGGGACGAACGCCCAAUCACGACUCACUUCCGGUUCCGGGUUGAGCCUCACAAACAAUGUCAUCAGGCGGCAAACACGUCGCCUCACAACACUGUUUGGACUCAAGAGUGCACCAUUGUAAAGCUUGUCACGUCUGCGUUGUACAUAUAUACAUAUAUAAUAUAUAUUAUAUAUAGUUCUAUUAACACAGGUCAUCCUCGCCGCCCCGGAAGGCAACUUUUUUUUUUUUUUUUUUUUUUUUUUUUAAAUAAAUAUAAAAAGCCUACCACUAGUGCUCAAACACACACACACCUUGUAAAUACACUGUACAUAGUCUCAGACUUUUUAUGAUUGUGUUGUUGUGUUCGUAGAACUUUCCAAGCUAACUGUUAGAAUGUAAAGGAAAAAAAACAUGAAAAGAAAGAUGGGGAAAAAAAGACAUUUAUUACAGUUUUUACCAAAGGGACUUGAUGAUACAAAUGAGCUGUUUUUGUCCCACCUUACACCCCCCCUGUGUUCUGUUUUGUGUUCUUUUGUCUUUUCGUUUUGUUUUUUUUACUUGCAUAGUUUAAGAAAAACGUGGAAAAGUAGAAAUGUAUCCAGGUUUUUCUGUUUUUAUAAAUGACAAAUAUUUUCUUCUCAAUGUCAUCAGAAAAAAAGAAGGAAAAGCACUGCGACCAUCAGACCUUUACCCCUUCAAACAUUAACGUGCACCCUGGGUAGAUUUCUGCUACACCCCCCACUUCUCCCCUCUUCUCCCUCCCGGUUGUAUUUUUGAUAUUGGAAAAGUCACAUGAGCAUGUCUUUCGUCCGUUUAUUUAGAUAUUAUUUAAAGUAAUAAUAAAAACACAUUUGUAGCCUUUAUGUCUAUGGACCUUUAUU